CUUGCCGCGGUGCUUGUGUCUUUUGCCAGCUUUUCUUCUUCUGCUUGGGGGCCUUCGGUGUAUAAAUGGCAGCGCGCCCGCGUAUCGCAUUUCAGUCUACGUCGGACUUUAGCGCGCGCCGCACACGCUGCGUAUACGUAACGCUUACCGAGCUACGGCGGAUACUCCGCACCGAACCGAGGAGGCCUCCGUCCGAGUGACGCCGCCGUGCUCCGCCGAUCAUUCUGGCGUUCUGGGCCGGGCGCUCUUCGAUUUUUCCGCUCGAGCCUCGAAGAGAAAAUCCGGUGAAAAGUCGGUGGAAAAGUGCCUCUCACCAUCGCACUCGAACCAUUGUGAACUGUUUGGCGUGGGCACUAGAAAUUCAAAUUUAACGGCCUUUCGUGGUGCCGAGAGUUUUCGAAAUCGGAGGCGAGGUUUUUAAUCGAAUCAAAUUAGUGAAAAUUUAAUAUUCCACGGAAAAAGUUAAUGGGAUUUUAAGCAGAAACACUUUAACUAGAGGAAGUAUUUAAUCAACGAAAAAUAACUUAAAGUAAAUGGAAGUGCUUCGUCAAUAUUGAAGUGUAAAGUUGAACAAAUUAAGAAAAGAAAACUGGAAGAUAAGGAGGACAAUAAGAAACUGCAAGUGUGGCGAAAAUUGAUUCGAACAUAAAUAAAGGGCAGCCAAGCGUGGCCAGACAAGGACAACAAAGGCAGGAGAAGCCGAGGGACUUGCGAUUGGCCGAAGAGGCAAAAAUCAAUAGGAGGGCAUAGGCGAUAUCGAUAUGUUGGCCACUCGGGAGGGCAUGGGGCAGACGACUCCUGGCUGUCUCCUCCAGUUCCAGUUCCCGUGGAAUAAGUAACGCCCUCGAGGGACUAACAUGUCGGACCGGUAUCCAGCCAGCUUCUACGAUCAUCAUCACCAGCUCCAGCUUCAGCUACAGCACCACCAUCCCCAUCAGACGACCACGAUGUCGCACUAUCCGCCGCAGCCCUACCGAUCGGGCUACCAUCCCGCCGGCUACCAUCCCUACGGCUAUGGCUAUGGGUCCUCCAGUGCUUCUUACAUGCCCAACUACUAUCGCUAUGCCCCGUACGCCUCGCCGCACUACAGCCAGCACCACCAGGGCAUGUUCACGCCGGCUGGCCAGCAGCUAAUCCCCUCCAGCGUGCUCCACUACCCGCCCAGGUCGCAUCCCUACCAGCCGCAGCAGCAGCAGCCAUCUCAGCCUGGCUACGAGCCACCUGCUCCCUUGCCAUACAGUUCUUCCGCUUCCUAUCAAUCCCGUGGUUUUGGAGCCUUUGCGGGUCCAACUCCCCACUAUGCUCCACCUGGCAGAUCCUCCACGCCGGCUCCGAAUCGCACUGUGCUGCCACCCAGCUACUUGGAACCACUUCGCGGCUACAGCGCCGAGCAGCAACAUCUCGGCCAGCAGCAACAUCUGGGCCAACAGCAGAUGCCACACAUCCCGCUGGCCGGCACACCAAAGCUCGAGGAUCCGGAUGUGGAGGUGGAGGCGGUGGCCGAGUCCCCCGCCCAGCGGCUGACCACAUCGCCGCCCAUGAUCAGUGCCACCGGAACGGACAGCGGCAUCAGCAACUGCAGCACGCGGGCCAGGAGCGACAGCAGCCAGAGCACUCCGGUCUACAGCGGCGAGUAUCCGGUCAACAUGUCGGUGGAGUCCGCCUCCUGCGUUCCGUAUCAUUGUCCGGCGGACGGAAGGGACUUCGAGGAGGAGGAGGUGCUGGUCCAGCCACCAGCGACAGCGGCGGAGGAGACCAGGAGGGCGGACACUCCGCUCAAUAUUCCCGAUGACAUAAGCGCCACGUCGCCAGUGGCCAGUGAUAAGGUGAAAGCAGCACCGCCCACGCCCACUCCGCCGGAAGUUGCCAAGCUUGCGGAAAUCAAUUUGCAGCCGGAGACGGGAGCAUCCUCGGAUGCGCCGACGACGCCGCAGGAAACUACUGGUGGUGAUCCAAUAAUCGAGGCGGCCGACGAGCCACGACAGCCAGGACAGCCAGGACAGCCAGGACAUGCGCAACAGCAGCAACAUCCUGUGGCGAAUACGAAUGGCUGGAGCCCCACGCCGCGACGGCCGCGCACUCCGCCGGCGCCCCAGAACUCGCCAAUUGGCUUUGGCCAGAAUGCCAAUGUGCCACCUGCCCUGGCUCCUCUGCUCCAGCAGCAGCAGCAGCAACAACAGCAGCUGCAACAGCAGCAGGCGAGCAACAUCAAGCGGUGUGCAGCGACGGCCAGAAAUCGCAGCAGCAACAACCGCAUCAUCGAGUGCGAUCUCAUUCCGAGCAAGAAAUCAAAACGGAAGGCGGCCAAAAAGGAAGCCGGCGGCAGCGAGGCCAUGGAGGCUGUGGAGCCCAUCAUAAGGGAACAAAUAAGGGACAUCAAGCCCUUGCCGGGCUUCCUGCAGGCCUUCGGCUCCACCGAAAUCGGGCGCUUUUCCGAGCGAUUCCUGCAGACGCCCGAGUCGCUGGUGGAACGACUGGCUGAGGAGUGCGCAGCCAGUGCGCCCAGCAACUUCGCAUCUCACCCGGCUGGAGGCUACAUCGAUGCCCCGGCCACGCCCACACCCAGCCACUAUGCCUACGAGGAGCAGAACCAGGGCGGCCAUGCCAGGAACCGGAUGCGCGGCUACGGCUACGAGACGCCGGACUACCUGGCGUAUGAGCGAUAUGCGGCCUACGGAGCCGGCAGACCAAGAGCUCGCUACGGGGAAAUCCGCUGCAACGGCUAUUAGCAAGCGGUCUAGAUACGGACACCGACGGCGAGCGGAUCAGAUGUAGCUUAGGGUUAGUGUUGUUGUAGUCGUGCAUAGUCGUUGUCAUUCGAUAUUCUCUGUGUGUGCCUUUUUCGGUCAAAAUUGGACAAUGGUUCCCCCGAAGAGUUGUUGUUGUCGGGGGCCUUGUUAGCGAUGAGUGCGUUCAAAAUUUACCACAAGAAAGAAAGAAAAACAAAAGAAACGGAAGCCAAAAUAUUGUUAGCAAACCAUCUACAUGUAAAUGAAUAAUAAUCAAUUAAGUAGUUCAAUGUAUUUUAAAUCGAAGUCGUUUUAAUCGAUUCAGAGUGUAAGUUGAAAUCGUGUCCCACUGUACAUAAGUAUGCAUUUCGUAUGUGUAACACUAGAUUUUAGUCAAACUACUUGGGCAGUUGGUAAUGGGAUCUAAAAAGUUUUCGAGGUCCCCGGGCGUUGGGAGACGUUUUUUCUUAACUUCAACGUAAAUGUAGUGAACACUCAAAAUUGUUUACAGCACCGUUUCCGAGCGGAAACCAUUUUUUUGGGGCACUAAGCACCGAGAUCACCCCGAGUAAAGAUCAAAUAAAACAGAGCGAAAAUCUUACAUUUAGCAAAGACAUGUGCCAUUGAAAAAUAUAUUUAAUUGAAAACACAAUUUAGGAAUUACGUUUAUGUACAAUACAGAUACAAAUUAAAGUUUAGCUACGGUAAUCUAAAGCCAGAUAGUUAAUGUUAAAGCAAUGCACUACGUUUUAGUCUAGGACACAGAUACACACAUACACACAGAGACGCAGAUACAGAUACAGACACAGGUACACCCACACAGAGACACACUCGAACCACCGCACUAAUUUGUACUUGGCAAAAUUGAUUAAUUUUCUAUCGACUUACUAACAACCCAUUCAUUUUCGGAUCGAUUUCUUUGUUGUAUUGAGUGCCUUAAUUUACUGAAUUCAUUUCCAAUAUCUGUGCGUGAACAACUGAGCGUAACGAAUUUGUAUGAUUUACUUGUAGAGAGACAACCAAGUUCAGGUUUCAAAGGGGCCCAACAAAAUUUCAAACGCAAAUCGAACAAAUCAAUGAAGACAAAGAGACAACCGAAUAUUACCAAAAACGGAAAAAAUCCAAACACAUCGAGCGACAUUCAAAAAUGUUUAAUAGCGAUUAAAAAACUAGUUAAUAUGUAAAGAAACUACUCACCAACAAAAAACACAGAGGAAGAAAACCCUGUAGCGUUGACAUUUUAUGCCAACUAAGUAUUUGGAAGUCUUCGGUGGUGAAAUGAAGGAACAACAACCGAGGACGAAAGAAAGCAAACCAAGUAUUUAGUAUAAUUAAGUCCGUGUGUAAAUAAAUAUUUGAAAGUUUGAAUUUUACGAAAUAAAUCACGCAAAACGAUUAGCAAAGGA